GACGAUUGUUUUCACGCCCACUCACUACAACGUUUUUCAACCGUGCAUACUUUUUAGUGUGCGCUGGUUCCCCGUACCCACUCAAGCACGGCUCUUGAUUCCAGCCUAACGGAUUUCCUGUGCUAACCGAUUAGGUUAGACGCUCUCAAAGGCACUUCGUGCGUAAGGAGCUCGAUAAAUUCUGCGCCAUUUCCUGCCACCCUCCUUCUCACCGCUCCUCACCGCGACUCGUCUCCGUGUAUCCCUCCACCUUCCGAGCGAUAUCCGCUCGGCGCGCCUUAGCCCAACGCAUCCCGCUUGGACGACUCCCGCUUGCAUUACCCCCUGAAAUUCGUCUGGAGGGCUCCCGCUUUCUCUCCUUGCUGGCUGAAUAGCUCCUGCGGAUCUUUGCAGCCUCGCCGUGAUUUCAUUUCCUCCCCUGGCCUUCCCAGACCCCCAUGCCAUCCCCCGCGUGCGGCGCAAGCGGCGCAGGUUCCGCCGCGGAGGCAGAUGCGGCGGAUAGGAGGAGCGCAGGGGCGCGGGGAGAUGGGGGAAGGCUGCGCCUAGCGAGGGAGAGGGGGGACGCGGAGGACGUGAUGGGGGAGGGGGAUGCAAGAGAAGCACAAGCAGGGUCAGAAGCUGUUAUACAUGAUAGAGCCGGUAGAGGUGAUAGAGACGAUAGGGAUUAUAGCGAUGGUAUAGUGAUGGUCGUACGAGAGGGAGGGGAUGGGGCAGUGCGGGAGGGAGAGGAAGAGAGAGACAGGGAAGGAGGAGCGGGGGAUGAGCUUUCGACCAUCGACCCCGAGGGGAGGAGGGAGGAGGCUGGGUGUGCAUUGUGGGACUUGGCUGCGAGUGAGGAGCAUGCAGAGCUCAUGGUUGGCAACCAUGUGCUGGAGGUGGUGCUCUCUGUGCUCGCCUCUCCAGCCUCGUCCCCACGACUCAAGGAGAUCUGCAUGGGCCUGCUUGCCAACCUGGCAUGCCACGUGGCACCAGCACACAGCAUGGCAGCUGCGGGCGGCGAUACAGCUCACGCCAUGAUGCAUGCGGUGCUGGCAGUGCUCAUGGGUGAAGACGACCCCCCAUGCCUCACAGAGACCUGCCGGCUACUGGCCACUGUUCUGCGUGGGGCAGAUUCGGAGGCAUGGGCAAACGUCUUGGCAUCCAGUGCUCCUGACUCCCUGCCCCGCGUGCUCUGGAUUGCUGCCAACACCCUGCAUCCGCAACUGCUGCGAAAGUGCACCGACCUCCUGCUCGCCAUGGCAGACUCCUCCCACCCGGCAUCACGCGUGCUGCUCCCCCCCCUCCUCGCCCUGCCUCUCCUCCCCACGCUCUCUGACCUCAUUGCCUCUGAGAUGGAUCGACUGGAGGAAGGCUCCAGGGACGAGGACGACAUUCUCGACUCGCUCCUGCAAGUGCCUGAAGCUAUCUCUCUCGCGCCCGGCGCUCCAUCCUCUCUCCUCGCCUCCCAUCCCCGCAUCCUCCCUCUUGCUGUCGCUAUCGUCGCCUCUUCUCCAUCACAUGCGCUGCCAGCAUCAGCAGUCACGGCAGCCGUGCUGGUGGCCAACAUCAUUGCAGAGGACUCUUCGCUCAUCCCCCACCUCAUUGCAGCCCCCCAGUUCGUCCCUCGCCUGCUCGCCCUUCUCCCGGCAGUCUCAGACGACCCGGGCGCCCGCACCGCCAUCUGGUCGCUGCUGCACGCCCUCUGCUCACAUGCGCUGCGAGGGGGGCCACAGGGGAGAGCGCAUCAGUCGCAGCAACAGCAGGCAUGUGAUGCAGAAGAGGCGGGAGGAGGUGAUAUAACAGAGAGAGAAACAGCAGCAGCAGCAGCAGCAGCUGUUGUUGUGAGUGCAGUGGUGGGGGAGUAUGAGAGGAUUGUAGAGGACCUGGAGGAACACGAGGGGGAAGAGGAUGCUGUGUGUGUGGGUGAGGGCGAGGAGAAUGGCGGUGAUAAGGGAGCGAGGGGUGGAGAGGAGGAGAGGAAUGGGCAUGUGGGUGGGGGGAAUGGGACGGCAGGGGAUGGGGAUGUAGAUAUGGGGGAGGCAGGGAUGGGGGGAGAGAAGCGGACUGGAGGCGGAGUGAAUGGUGGUUGUGGUGGUGGCUCACCUCACGGUCACAUAAAGGGCCCCAAGGCAACAUUGCUGCUGCUGAUUCGCCUCAUCCAGCAAGCCACUUCGCUCCCUUCCUCGAUUCCCAAUCAUGGUCCUCCUUCAAUGGCAGCAGCCCCCUCAGCCCCCGAGGCACAAGAAGUAGACGCAGCCCAGGGUGAUUUAAAUUCCUCAGCAGCAGCAGCAGCACCACCGCCAUCACAGGCGCAUGCACGUUCUAUGAUGCUGGAGUGCGACCCACCCUUGUCGACAUUGCACACCCACUCCAGGGUGGAUUUGAUUAGGGCGAGAGCAGCUGUGGCUGCCUUAGAAGAGAGCAUUGGCCUGCGAGAAGUUUUGUGAUAGUGCAAAAGAAACUACCGUAUGUGCCAUGGAUUCUCUAUUUCAUGCUGGGUUGUAACUAUUGGCGUUUGCGUUCAUG